AUGAUCCCAUGUUCACCCAUUUCACCAUCUGUUGUCAUCACCAUUGAUGCACUCAAGCUAUAUCGUAUUGCUCAUUUUCGAAGCCCUCACUUUUCCAUGCAGGCAUUCAGCAAGACACUUUGCAAUCUACAUGGGGUCGAGUAUCAUCGCUACCUUUCACGCCAACUCACAAUCACCUUGGACGUUUACAUGCUAAUUCGCAGUUCUGUAGAUUCUCUGGUAGCUGAGGCCCUCAACCGGGAUUCUCUGGAUUGGCGGCUCAAACACGCCUGUCCCCUGUGUACCUAUACUCUCAAGGACGAGGUACCUCUCAUAUUCACUCUGCUAUUCACUAUGGAUGGCAACGACUCCCUCAAGCAUAUCCUUCGUCGAACUCUUGGCAUAGAUGAGAACGAUAGCGGGGAGUCAUCUGAACUUCCCACCACGCAGCACGUCCGAGGGGAUCAUUAUCUCUCGUGUGACUAUGUUAAUCAGUGGAGCAAAGUAGGCAUUGAGGACUCAGAGGUUACGCUUGAUUCAGACUCGUUGGGAAACCCUUGCACGGAACAGUGGAACAACAUGGACGAGGAGAAGACGAAGAGGGCAUGGGGGAUAUAUGAUGAAACAGGGAUCUUCACUGCGGUGUGCCGACAUGGAUUUAGCCUCUUAAUUAUUGAUAUGGUUCAGAGUGGGGAGUUUGCAAAAUACCCACUAGCUGUCAUUGCGAAGUUGAUGGACGUCUUUGGUGACGGCCUUGGCAGUGGAUAUGACAUUGGGUGUCAGUUCAAGACAACACUGAAUAACAGUCCUUUAGGUCCCCACGCGCGCUUGGGACUUGAAGACUUGGAAAUGUGCGAGCGCACAUUCUCAAAAUCGAAUUCUUUGGCACCUACGACGUGUUACUCGAGUAUUUUCCACCGUCAGCAGGCUAUCACAAGCUACUUCGAGUACAACGAUGAUUAUGAGGUAUAUGCAAAUCUAUCCGAUUUUUUGUACAACAACUACAAACAAACUCUCAACAUUAUAGCCGACAGUCGCAUCACACUCCCAAAAUUAAUGCACAAUCUCAAUAUCACUCAUGAUCUCCGCCCCAAACCCGAGCAUGAGACGUUGCAAAUGGAGUAUUGGCAAAAGCUUGUCAAUCUAGUUGCAAGCAAGGAGGAUCUUGAUGCUACAAGCUCAGUAUGGGCUGUGGCCACACCCGCAAGCCUUGCAUCCGACGAAAAGGAUCCGGACUGGCAAAACACAGGGCGUCUAGUCACCAAUCAAAAGUACCAACACGCACUCGACAUGUUGGAAGGUUUGGUCGUUGCGUGCAUAUUUGAACUGACAAAGAUGAACAGGUCUGGGACCGGAUAUAAAUUGCGAAAGCAUAUCGCAAAGGCUUUGCAAGCAUGCUCUGCUGCCAUCAAGACUGCCCUCGACAGGUUCAAUAUAGCAGCACGUGCAUUGUCCCCCCCUCACCGAAUGCUCAAAUGGGAGGAGGUAGUCGAGUAUGCCUUUCUUGCCAACUUCGACCUUCUUCAUGACUCGCAUGAUGAUGUCUCACACCGUCCCUGGGCAAUGCCAUCAGUACGUCAAGCAACCAACUUAUAUUUCAAGACGUGCCGUACAAGAGAAGAAAUCACGCAGCUGAACAUUGAAGUGCGACGUCUAGCUACAUACUUGCGUGAUGAGGAGCAUUACCUCCGUGAGUGUCAACGUCAGGCAGAAGCUUCGCAUCUAGUCCUUGCACACCAGAUCAAUCUCUGGCGCCAAGUUCGCAGUCGGUUCAACUCACACCAUCUUCAGCGUCUGCAGGACAUAGCCAACCUCCCAUAA